CCAAUAUUAAAGAUGAGCUAGCCAUAUUAUGAAAGAAGAAUCAUUUAUUGGGAUUUAGAUUAGUGGUCCUUAAGGAUCAUCAAUUGACCACCGUUUGAUUAUUUCAUAGAACAACUAUGUAUUAAGUAUAAUAUGUAAUAUGAAAAUGUUUUUGACAAAACCAUAAACUAAAAUCCUAUUUCCUGCAUACAUCACCAUUCAUAGCUCAAGAGAGCGCAGCCAUAUUUAUAGACCUGCCGUGCAGUGUGCUAUUGCAAGUUGAUUGCGCUGCCUGUAAAUAAUUUGUUAAUUUAUCUACUCUCAUUGCUCGUGGUACUUACUCGAGUGUAGAACCUGUUAAUACUCUGGAUGGUAGGGGCAUAACGAAGCAAGGCGUGCAAUUACUAUAGAAAGUCUCGUAUGAAGGAAAUUACUGGGACAGGAAUAUUUGCUGUUAAAUUGAAAUUAAUCACUAAAAUAUCGUUCAAAUUGAAAAGUUUUGGACAGCUUUGUUUUCAAUUUUAUGACUUUGUCGACAGUUACGCACGGGGUACGUGUAUAAUACUCGUGGUAGUGAGUAGUGAAAAAGUUCCAGUGACGUAUAGAACGGCAAUGGCAGGUGGAUUUUUUUCAUUUCUCGCGACACGACAUAGUUAGUACCUAGUUACAUUUUGUAACUGUGCAAUUUUUUGAUCUUUCAGUCCCAAUCUACACGGGUCCGACCAUCGUUUUGGGCCAAAACGUAGUAGCAAUCCUUUGAUUAGUCAAAUCAAGCGGGACAGCAUCAAUUUCAUAGAGGAAGCCACUUGUUGCUACAUAAUCGCUUAUUAGAACGAGUGGAACCACUAAAUUCAACCUUGGAGCCUCCCGUGGCCUUGGCAAGCCAGCAAUAGUUCUAGUCACGUCACGAUAAUGAUCACGAAUACUGUUGAAUGUUUUUGGAAGGUCUCUGAACUUACAUGUUACAUUUUACUGCGAAAUUUGAGUCCCCACGGUAGUUAUUGUUUCGUGAAGCAUGCAAAAUAUAGCCUUGAAUUGCUAAUAAGUACUUAUAAUGUUUAGACCUAUCAAAAUAUGGGUUUUGCAGUUCAGUUGCCUAUGGCAUCACCAGUAUAAUGUAGUAGAAAUCCUACGAUUUCAAACCGUACUGUAUGGCUUGAAUAGUUUAAUAGCCAUAUUUUUCAUUAUUGUAUUCAAUUUUAAAAGACACAUAGGUACCUUAUAUUAUUACUAGACAAGGCCGGCCGUAGCAGGUUAUUCGAUGAACAAAAAACACUACUAUUGUUUAGAUACCUAUACAAGGUAUGUAUAAGUACAUACGUGAAUCAAAUGCCACGAUCGAUGGUAGCGAAUGAGUAGGUGGAAAUAUCUAAAAUAGCUCCUCUCUGAUACAAACAAAUCUGGCGUUUUUUAAAUGGCUAUGGAACCCUACAAUGAAGCGACCCUACAUUGGGCCUCCUUGACAUCGGAGGACUUAUUAGGUGCACAAAUUGCAGCCGGCCAGAAUGAAAACAAAUGCCGGUGUAUUUCCGAUCUUGCCCGACCACCGCCGAUGAUACCCGAGUCGCCGCAUUCGAGCGGGAUCGCGAGCUAUCCGACUGGCGGGACGACGCCGCCGCGCCCCCGCCCCGCGCGCCUCGCCCGCCGUCCUACCGUCCAACAUGUCGGAUCGCUAGUAAGCCGACAUUCACGACGCGAACCGCGCGCACGAAUUUCACAAAACAACAAACACAAAUUGUCAUCUUUUACAAUGGUGUCCGUCAGCCAUUCCAAACAGAAACAGUUUUACAUGGAGUUCUUAGAGAUUUACAAGUCAUACCCGUGUCUGUGGGACAAUCAAAGCCCAAUUUACAUGCGCAAAGAUUUGAAGCGGAAAGCCGACCAAGCGUUGCUGCUAAAGUACAAGGAGAUUGACCCUGGCGCGACGAUACAUUGCAUGAAGAAGAAACUGGAUUGUUUUAGGAACAGCUACCGCCGGGAACAGAAGAAAGUUCAGGAGAGUUUGAAAAGGAAUAGUUCUCCUGACGAAGUUUAUACGCCGACCUUGUGGUACUAUGACUUUAUGUCAUUCCUGCCUGAUACUCCUCGACCGGGGAGCAGUGCAGUGACUAAAGCUCCGGUCAAGAUUUGCAAAGCAGAACCAGAUCCGGAUCCGGAAGGGGACCCGGAGUAUGAUGAGGUGGAUACGUCAGCGUUUGAGAGUACCAUGAUAACUUACGACAGUGCGAGCGAUGACGAGCCCGCCUCGCCACCACCGAGACCCCCCAAAAAGAAAAAGAAGUCAAUCAAGAAGGAGACAUCCAUCACACGGGAGGACCAAUCAGAAACAGUUGACACCCACGUCUUCAACUACCAAAGCCCGGCGGAGAUAGAAGACGAAUGUUCCGCCUUCGCGACCAACAUGAAGAUACAGAUGAGGGAACUAGAUGUCACGCAGAAAUAUAUAGCACAAAAGCUGAUAUCCGAUAUAAUGUUCUUGGGACGCACCCAACAGUUGAAUUUGAACUCUAUUGUGCUUGUGAAUGGGGACGGAAAUGCGAAGCAACAAGCUUCACCGUCGACAAGCCAUGGUGAAUAUAAUUAAGUGGUCUAUUAUCGAAGGAAAAACGUUAAUUUAAUUUAAUUAGAUGUACAAUAAUUGGAAUGAGACAUAAGUAAUUUUAAUUAAGACAUUUAUUUUUGCUUU